GUCGCGGGGCGAUGACUUCCGGUGUGGUUGUCAUGGGCAACAAGGGACGCGAGGAGACGCCGCAAAGCCAAGCAUGAGCGGCGUCGGAAUCCCUUCCGCGGCGAACGCCUUCGAGCACCAACGACAUGGCCCCCAAGGCAGCUAAGAAAGGCGCAGCGGCCAAGAAGACCGCCGCCGCGCAGGGUCCCGAGGUCCAGACUUGGGAGAGCGGGCUCGCCGGCGCGCAGUUCGACGAGGAGCACUGGCAAGCGUGCGUCUGCAUGGUGGUGGGUCGAGGUCCGCACGACGAGGACCUGAUCCAGAUGCUGGGCCGGGCCGUGCAGCAACCGCAGCGCAAGCUUUUCAGCUCGCUCUCCUGGGAGGAGACCGAGGCCAAGAUCCGCGAAUAUGGAAACCCAAAAGCAAAAAAACGGGAGACCUUUCCUCAGUACUACGAGGUGACGGAGCCCGCCAGGGAGCUGCUGGAGGCCCGAGAGGAGAUCUCUGCCGAGCUCAUGGCGCAAAUUGUCAAGUUUAUGCUGCUGCAGAUUAAAGACAACGACCAGCAGAGGAGAAAAGCCGAGAUCGCUGCAGCGGUUCCACCUCCCACCAAAGAAAAAGCAGGGCCCAAAGGCAAAGACAAGAAGUCAAAGGAAGAGCCACCAGCCAAACCCAAAACCAAGCUGAAACGCAGGGAUGAUGUCGAGCCACCCAAGUACAUAAACGACGAGCCAACCGACGGCCCCCAGCACUACGUGCUGCUGCUGGGCUUCCACCAGCCUCACCUGGUGGGCACGCUGGACGCCGCCGGCGUGCACGUCGCCAACGUCAUCAGGCUGAGUGCGCCACACGCGCCCUGCGUCCAGGACCCGGAGGAAGACCAAGAGGAAGACGCGGAGGCCAACGCGGACGAAAUGGCUGCCAGAGAGGCGAAGGAGGCGCAGGCCAAGGUGCUGGACUGCUUCUGGGCGGCUCUCAGACAAGUUAUAGACAACGGGGGGCCAAACUCCCGACUCCACAACGUGGCUCAGCUGGAGUACGCCGUCCCCGACUCGUUGACGCCCUUUGACCCGCAGGAUCCCGAGUCUGUGAUGGCCGCGGCGACCCAAAUGUUUGACGGCGUGGCCGGUCUCAUCUACGACUGUCUGGACUGGCGCAGGCAGCACCAGCACUACUUGAACACGGCCAACUUCAUACGUGUGCCGUCUGUGGUCUCUGGGCAGGACGCCCCACAGCCUGCAGAGACUGGAGCUCCCGUGUCUCCACGCUCUAAGAAAUCAGGACGCCCGCCACCCCCGAAGAAGGCGCCGUCGUCUCUCACCACCGACGUGGACAUGAAUCACUACAAUUGCCUUUUGGAGCACGUCCCGGCCGAGGCCUGCUCUGUGCCGCUCAUCUUGCACUGUAUGCUGGAACAGACCGCUCCCGGUUUGGACCAUCACGUGGUCGCGCAAAUGCUGCACAGCGUCCUGCCUCAGGUGGAAACGGCAGAGGAGGGGAGGGACUUACUGCAUACUUUGAUGACCACAGUGCAGACGGAAGAAGACAAGGCGAUGCUUCUGGAGCAGUUUGAUGCAGAGGAGACGCCAACGAGGUCGGAGCAGCCCGUCAUCAUCAGACACCACGACGAAAGAGCACUCCGCUUAAUUGGGAUAACCGAGAUCCAAGGUUUGGAUCCAGCCCUGGAGGAGGCUUCCAUGAUGAAGCGCUCUCCCGCGUGGAAGCUCAUCAAUUCAGUGGCUCAGCGGCGUUCCAACAGCUCGUGCUGGAGGGCGAUCAAACAGCAGCUCCAGCGCCAAUGCACCGACGACAAGAUUUCGUGGCCGCAGGCGCAGCGCCUCUUCCACCAGAGCGUGUUUGAGAGCAUGCCGCUGACGGGAUUGGAUGACGACGGCGUUCUGGCGAAAGAUUGCAGACCUCUGGGGAUGGUGCAACAGAGCAAAAAACACCCCGUCAAUCCCUGGGACAACCCGCUGUCUUUCGCCAAGCAGAAGCUCCGCAACCUGCGCAAGAAAUCUCCAAAGUUUCUGAACGAAGACUCUGCUCCCACUGAGCAAAGCGGCGAGCCCCAGCUUGUCCAGCUCGACCUGUCCGACAUUCAGAGUUGCCGACUGAGGUCCCUCUCGGACUGGCACUACGUGGAACGCCACGAGGCCGCCGUCUUACCUCAAGUCCUCCAGUCAUCUGCUCAGGAGUUUCGCUGUCUGGACACACUCAGAGGAAGUCAUAAUAAUGUCCUGUACAUUUUCUGCCACAAUCCCAUGAGUUCUGAUCGCUUGUGCAAAGAAUUCUGGGAUGUAGCUCUUCACACAGAUGUCAAAUUCAGGACGUAUUUGGAGCACGUAGCAGACACCAUCACGGACUGGACCGAAAAAGAGGAGAUGAAGAGGCAGUCGUUGGAAGUCAACCAUAUAAGUCCUGCGCAUGUUUCACAAAAUUGGACGGAGGAAGAUGAAGAGUCUCGGGGGCCGUUCAUCACCAAAAACUCGCUGAAAGCGUCCAAGCUGGAGGAGGAGCGGCUCAAGGAAGAGGAAGCCAAGAAAGGCAAGAAGCCGGCGAAAGGGGCGCCGGGCAAGAAGCAGCAGGCGGAGGACGUGAAGUCGGCGGAGGCCAAGAAAAGCGACAAAUCGGCCACCACGGGCGCCAAGAGCAAAGCCACCACCAACAGCUCGACGACGGCCGCCUCCGACCAGUCGCUUUCCAGUAAAGCGGACGACAAAGAGGAGCCCGCCGCUGGCUUUGCGGGCUUCCACAUGGAGGGAAUGUUGGUCCAUCUGUCAGGCUGUCUCCAGUACAUCUUCCCUGCGGCCGGGGGACACGUUACCGUGGAGAAGAUCAACUACGUUGAAGGUUCCAACAUGCUAAAAGUGGCGGUGAGGAAAGACGGUCAUCACUUCUACACGCACAUCAGCCGAGUUACCCGCACACCCAGAAACGACGGCAGAGAGAAUCCCGUCAAGAGCGCCGCAGCCACCAGGCGUUCCUUCUCGGCCCUGCUGGAGAAUGACAUCCGGCUGUCUUACAGUUUUGAAAGACCGUCCGAAAAGCGCAAAGGUCCUGUUGAAGUGGGGAAAGCUGAAGCCCAAGUAGAGACCCCGAAAGAAAUGGAGAAAGGGCAGGAAGAGUCCACAGGAGCGGAGCUGACGGACGCCCCAAAGACCGACGGCGGCCCCGCAGAGGCGCAGGUGUGUGAAGUCCAAGCCCAAGUGUCCCCGAGUCCUUUCAACAGCCUCAACCUGUCUGUCCCGAGUGGCCUACUUGUGCAGUUUUUGCGUGGAGACGAAGAGCGAGACGUGCUAGUGCGACAGACUUUUCACGUGACGGGCCCCCAGCACCCCUCUCUGGCCAGAGAGGAGUCUCGCACCAUCACCUGCCAGGGCACCGUCAUCCGAUACAUGACGGACGGCUCCAGCGAGGUGCUCUUUGCCGACGGCGCGAUAAGUUCCAGCUUGGAUUCGGGCCCGGUGUGGCUGCAAGAAAUCGAAGAAGACAUCACCGAUGAACAAAAUCCAGAGAAGCAGGUGACGCGUCCGCCGCGAGGCUUUUGGACAACGACGACGCCCCUCGGUACUCGAAUCAGCACUGUGGGCAGCACUCACGAGCAGAGCCCCAGCUGCUCUCUUCUCACCUACAAGACGUCAGACGUGAUCACUCAAGAGGCGAUGCUGAGCCGGGAAGAUCUGGUGGUGAUGGUGCAGAAGCCAGACGGGUCCGUGUUCGUGGAUCACGCGGACGGGACGAGAAUCACCACCUUCUACCGGGAGAGGGCGCCGAGCGCGGACGACGACGUAAGCGUCGGCGUGACCGGGCGAGACGGGCAGACUUGCGGCGAAGCUGCUCCGAAGGGCGCCAAAACGCACGAGUCCGCCGACGUGCCGAGCAAAGAGAGGGUCCUGAUGGUGGAGAACGAGGCCUGCGCCACCGUCUUGAUGUACCCCGAACGCCACGUCGCCGAAAUCUGGUUGGCGGAUGGAACUGUCGUCACCGGGGAUCACGAGGGAGAUUAUCAGGUGAUCCCGUCCAGCGUCGGGCUACUGCACAUCCAAAAAGACGGGAAAUGCGUUUACACCGGCGGACGCCCUGGGGGGGGUCUCCCCUUUUACAUUAUGAGUCACACUGACGACGUGACUUGUGACAUCACGGACGUGGAUGGAAACCGCUUUCAGGUGAAGGAAGACGGUCAGGUGACGGCGCACAACGUUGGACCGGCUCCAAGAACGCUGCAAGAGGGAGAUGAGGAUGAGGAGGAGGAGGAGGAGGAGGAUGAGGAGGGCAAAGGGAUGACGUCCAAGCCCAGAGAACACAGUCCCAGGCUCUUCCUGGUGCAUGACGACGGUUCGGGUUCUGAGCUCCUGAGUAGUCAAGCCGUGGUGGAGCUGCUCCAGCAGGCCCGCUCGGACCCCACCGUGGCUCUGCUGAAGGACCCGCUGCCGGACACGCAAGGUGAGUUUGGCAUCACGGUCCUGAAGCCCAGCAUCGAGAGCGCACGGUCCAGGUGGGUGCACGUGAAGACGGACACCGACGCCUUGCUUCAAACGUUCCGCAAUCGCAGCAGGCGCGGCUCCCCCUGUUUUGAAGUCCCAGACGGAAAAAAGGCCGGCAGUCCUUCCUUUGCGACCACGACAGAACCCGGCCCGCAAAAACGAGCCGCGGCCAGCGUAGCCGUGCGCAGCUGCCCCAGAGUCCUGGAAAUCAGGGAAGUGUACCAACACCGGCCCUUAAGCAGAAGGCUAAAAAACACAGUGGACAUGCGACUGAAGGAAUAUAUUGAGAGUUUGAUGGAGAAGGCCCAGCGGUCCGCUGACGUGAUGCUCAAGGAGCCUCGCGCUGAAACCGAGCGAGUCCACGCCGGUGUUCUGCUCAGUCAGUCUCUUACAGAGGACGCGCAGGAGACUCGCGCCAUUGCCAAAAGGACCCCGGGGGACGUCGGCGCCCUGUACGGCCAAGCCGUGCAAGCUCCGCCCGAGCCCUCGGACCAUUCGGAGGAUCCCGCCACGACAGCCAGCGUCAGCUGCGCCCGCGUCAAGGAGUCAAAGUGGGCAGAGACGCUGGAACAGUACAGACAGGAGCUGUUUGAGGUGAAGCAGUGCGUCGACGCUCUGAAGAGGAAGUUUAUCGUGCCGUACUUCCACCCGGAAAACGUCGCAUUACACCAGAAUCUUCUCCUCCCUGGGAAUCCCGAGACGAGGAGGCCCGGCUUGAGCGUCCUGGACUUCCCCGAGUCAGACCAUAUGGUAGAAGCCUUGCAGAGGGACGACCUGCAGGAAGAGUAUCACGACGUCGCGGUAGCACCGGAGCCGUCGAAGCCGACGCCCCGUUCCGCCAGGGCCAGUCACGCAGCAACGAGGAGGAGCAGCGGCAGGAUGGCCGGAAUGACGCCGCCGACCGCAGCGGCUCCGAGCCUUCGGACGGACUCCUCCGGGCCGUCGAGGCCCGGCCGGGCCGACGUCGGCGGGCGGCCCGGGCGGCCGGGGGUCAGACUUCCGCCGUCGAUCGUCACCUUCAAACCCUUCAGUGUGCCCAAUCGCCACUUCCGCUCCGUGGAGGAGCCGGUCCGGCGCAGGUGUCGCACAAUUUCUCUGGCUGACCCCAACGCGAUAACCAGAGGCUUCGAGCUGCGCCCGUCCAGCGUCAACUUCGGCGUGCAGAGGGCCGGCACGCCCUUCGCCGUCACUGUGGUCAUGAAGAAUGUGGGCGUGGACACCUGCAGGUUCCACGUGAAACAGCCUCCGAUCUCCUCGGGCCUCCGUGUCAAGUACCUUCCGGGACCCGUACCGGCGGGCUUGCAAGUCGAACUGAAAAUCGAGCUGUUCGCCAUGUGCGACGCGCACGAGGGCUACGCGGAUCCGACCAAGUACAUCUCCCACGACAUCGUCAUCCCCACGGAGACCGACAUCAUCUAUCUGCCCGUCACAGCCACCAUUCUUCCCGAGAGCUGGUACGACAUUUGGUCCCGAGAUGGCUACGGCGGGUGCAGCAGGAGACCCCCGGGGCCCCCCGAAGGAUCCCGCGGCCCCCCGCCGUGGCGGCAGCCGGCCAGCUCUCGGGGGCCCGCCGCCGCCGCCGCCGUCAACGCAGGGCACCAUAAACGCACCGCUAGCCUGUAACGAGCACACGAAUUCCCGCAAAAAGCAGUCGGCGCUGUAUGUAAAGUCCGUUUGCCAAUAAAAGUGCUCAAGUCUGUGCGUGUGUUGCUUCUAUUCUUGUCGAGAUGAUGCGGCCGGGACUCAGGGCGAGUGGAAGGCGUGCUGAAAAUGUGUUUGAAUGAUAACUGACAGGAAAGAAGGUCUCGAGCGGCGCAAUCCUCCAUCCGCCGUGCCCACGCGCGCGCGGUCGCGAGCCUGCCUUUGCGGAGCGCCGAUGACGUCAGAGAAAGCGCAAGGAAGGGGGGUGGGGGCGGCCGACGAUGGCGGGUUGCCGCAGGCGCCGACAUGGAGAAAUCGGACACCGACUUGCGGCGGAUGAGCUGACCGGG